AUGAGACUCACAAUCCUUGAUUUUCAAGCACCUGCAAGUGUUGUCAGUGUGGAGGGAAUGCUGGAAGAUCAGGUUAAAAUAGACCCUAGGAGAGCUGGAGUACGACAAUUUGACGCGUUGGGAUUGGCGUCGGGAAUAUCAGGGUUAAAAGCUGGUGUCGGUGCAGAAAAUCCAAUCCCUCCCCCACCCCCUCCUCCUCCGGGGCCCCCAGAACUACCUCCAUCGGGGUCUACGGAUUUCUCUUUGUGCAUGGAUCUCAUGGUCGUUAUAGACGUGUCAUGUUCCAUUACCAUGGAGACGAGAAAACAAGCUAGGGAAGCUGCAGCUGACUUAGUUAGGCGAGUUCUCAAAACACCUGGGGGAAGUGUCAGAGUCGGUCUUAUCGUAUAUAGUAGCACUACGUCACACACAUUUCAUUUGAAUGAUCUAGAGAAUAUCGACGAAAUCAUCAAUGCCAUUGAAACUGUGGAGCUUGAAGCUCACAACUGUAAGACACAUACGCAUCUUGCUUUGAAAGAACUGAAGGAGAUCUCAUUCACAGAGAAGAAUGGCGAUAGAAAGGGUAUACAGAAUGUGGCCUUGUUGUUUACUGAUGGCCGAACUGUGUCUGGAAAAUUUAGAGACGAUACUGUAAAAGCAGCCACUGCCCUGAAAGAAGCGGGUAUUGAGCUUAACAUCAUCGGAGUGGCCAAUAGAAAAUUCAAACCUGAUGUGGGUGAAUUUGAUAUGGUUCCAGACACUCCAACUUCUAAACAUUUUUUCAAUCUUACUGACGCCACGCUUCAGGAUGACAUCAUUCGUUCAUUGUCAGACCGUUACAUAUGUAACAGUGGAGAUCCUUUUCAAGGUUGCGUUGAUAUCGCUUUUGCGUUCGAUUUCUCUUGCUCAAUUGAUAUAGAUCAACGUAAUAUUGCCGUGGAUAUAGCUAAAAGGAUAACAGAACUUGCCUCGAUACGCCAAGAAAACGGAGCCAUUCUUACGGCAUUCAGUUUCGAUACAAAAAUUGGAAAUGAAGUUCCAUUCUACUCAACUGAAAGCCCGAGUGGAUUUCUGUCCUCCCUCGAUUCGAUGAACAAAUCGGGAUUCGGAUGUAGAACAAAAACAUACGAUGCGUUUAUCAAAGCUGAGACAAUUUUUAAUACUGAUCUUGAUCGUGACGACGCCACAUACCCGGAUGUUUUGUUCGUAUUUGGUGAUGGUCUUACUGCGCCGGCGCACAGAAAAGAGGCCACCAUCGCACAGGCAAAAUCUCUCACUUCGAACACUGGCGUACAAAUUGUAUGGUUGGUAAUGCCAAACAACAGGAAAAAGGACGGUUUGGAUGAAAUUGAAGCCAUUGCGUCCACGGUUGAAACGUUUGGACAAAUGAUUUUCGAUGUUGGGAAAACUAAAACGAAUCAAAUAGUAGACGAACUGUCAUUUUGGUUAGGUCGGGACUUCCCGUGUCCUGAAGUUGGUGAACGUUAAUGUCAAUGGCGCAUGCGCUCUAAACUAACAUAAAAUGAAACAGCUAAGGUGACAGUCUUCAAUGUAUCUAUACUUAGAAUUUUAAUCUCAGCUUUCGUUUUGCAACUACUCCGAAGGCCAAGGUUGACAUUUUCUUACUUUUCGUAGCAACCCCAGAGUGAAGUCACAAUUUAUAUAUCAUUCUAAAACUAAUGAUCUCAGGUAUCUAAAAUGAUACAUAAUAAGGGCAUACCUAUGGGACUUAAACGUCCUUUUAGCAAUACAAUGUCUUAUCGGCGUACCACAUCCAUAGAUGUUAAUUUGUCAGUUAAAUUAUGUGUUUGAAUAACCUAUCCUUGAACUAAAAAGAAUACUCGUAAUAAAAAUAACGUGCCAUUGAAAUUAAUAAACAUGAAUUAAUGUAGCUUUUGAAAUAUUGCUUUACAUCCAUCUAAUCCAUCUAUUUGUAUACCGAGGCCCGUAGCCAGGGG